CACAGUCACUUCAGCUCUAACAGGAAGAGCUGAGUAGGAGAACGUCAGAGGAACCUCAGCAGAGCUGAGAGGAGCUUCAGAGCAGUGAAGACUGCAGACCUCGUACACUUUUCUAGCUUCCUCUUCUACUUCAGAGCGUCUCUUGUCAGAAUGUGCACAGGAAAGUGUGCACGCUUCAUCGCCGGAGCACUGUACCCUCUGGCCUUCAUCUCCGUUCUCUGUAACAUCAUCCUGUUCUUCCCCGGAUGGUCAGUCAAAUACGCGCAGGAUGGAAAUCUCACCGAAGAAGUGAAGUACAUGGGGGGUUUGAUCGGAGGAGGACUGAUGGUUUUAGCUCCUGCCCUCUUUAUUCAUCUGACUGGAAAGCAGGGAUGCUGUGGGAACCGCUGUGGGAUGUUCCUCUCCAUCGCCUUCGCAGCACUGGGUGUCGCUGGCGCCCUCUACAGUUUCGUAGUGGCGGCGUUAGGCCUGGUGAACGGACCCUACUGCAAAGUACUCCUGAUCUGGCAAACACCUUUCAAGGACAGGUCUGAGAGCUACCUGAAUAACCGGAACUGGUGGUCGAUGUGCACAGAGCCGAAGAACGUGGUGGAGUUCAACGUGGGCUUGUUCUCAACGCUGCUGGUGACCAGCGGCCUGCAGCUCAUCCUCUGUGCCUCUCAGAUGAUCAACGGCCUUUUCGGCUGCCUCUGUGGAACCUGCACCCAAAAAGGGCCUCUGUAGAUCUGCACUGUACACUGCGCCUGCUGUACACAGCACAGGGAAGCAGCGGCCUCUGGUGGACAGUCCCUGAUGCUGCAAGCAGGCCAACACCAUGUUAUAGGAAGCAGUUGCAUAAAUUCACUAAUAAUCUCAAAACUGUUGCGAAUGUUUUAUUAUUGUGCAGGCAAACCUUAAUGUGGAGUAGUCUGGCGCACUCCAGUAUUCAUUAUUAAUUAGAUAUUAAUUGUAAAAUAAUAGAUAAAUCACCCAGAUGUUAAUACAGCUGGCGUAAACAGAAGAACGUUGCUGAUGAGUCUGAUGGGAAUCAUGUAAUAAGACUCUCCUGGCCUGGUGCUUUGCUUUGCGCUCUAACUGAUAUCUAAUUGAGAAUGACACUGUACCUUUAUAACUAGAGUGACUGAUCUGCUUCAUUUUGUAUUAUUCUACAGUUUUAUUGUCCAAAAUUUAACAAUAGCAGCUAUUUUUUCACAAAUGAGUGAUCUGUUCCUGUUAUGGACUGUGUGGGACUUGUUUUAGUCAGAGACAUAACAGACGUCGUAAACCAUCCACACGCAUUUCACCACGCUUUUAAUGUGUUGUAGUAAAUUGACUGUAUGAUGUGGCUUAUAAGAGAAUGUAUGGCCUUUAUAAAUAUAUAUCCUGCUAAAACAUGUA